AUGGCACCCGUGGACGAGGAGGAAGCCAAGAUGUGGCAGGCUGUGGCCUUCCGCGGAGCUGUGGAUCGGGGUGAUCUGGAUGAAGUCAAUGAGAUGUUGGAGAACGGGUCUAACCCAAACUACAAGAUGCCAGAUGGCUCCAAUUGGACUGUCCUCAUGCUCGCCUCCUACGGAGGGCACGAGGAGUUGGUGCAGAAGUUCACCAAGGGAGGCAAGGGCGUGAGCGACAAGGAUCCACAGGGCUUCCAGGCGAUUAUGCUGGCAGCCAUCAAGGGCCACGCACAUGUAUGCCGGUCACUCCUGGACAAGAAGGCGGACCCAAAUGUCAGCAAUGAGGAUGGCGAGACGCCUGUGAUGAUGGCUGCUGCCAUGGGACAUCAUGAGGUUGUCAGGCUCCUCCUAGACGCAGGUGCUGAUGCCAAUGGCCAGGACAAGAACUCCAUGAGUGCCCUCAAGAAG